AUGCAGACCGCCAUACAUAAAAAGAGGCGAUUCAGCUUUCGGCCAUUCUAUACCACAGUCUUCCUAUUUACACUCAUUACUACAUAUUGUUUAUUCAUCCGGGGACCAACACCAUCAUCAAGAGGUCCAUCAAGAAGUCCAUCAAGUGAAUCGCCCUUUCUGUCUAAACGAUCUGGCGAAGAAUGCCGGUUGGUUCACAAUGCUCCAGACAAAUGCGCCUUUGUGAAGCGCAACUGCCAUGAUGAUGAGGCUGGCCUCAUAGAAUAUCUCACAUUCUACUAUUGCCAUCUCGAACGUGCCCAACCUGUUGCCUUCAUCAUCAUGGUCCUCUGGGUCGCAUUGCUGUUUGCCACUAUCGGCAUCGCCGCUAGCGAUUUUUUUAGUGUCAACCUCAGUACCAUUGCUACCAUUCUUGGCUUGAGUGAGAGUCUUGCUGGUGUGACUUUCCUGGCCUUUGGCAAUGGGUCGCCCGAUGUCUUCAGCACCUUCGCCGCCAUGAGCUCUAAUAGUGGAAGCAUGGCGGUUGGCGAGUUAAUCGGCGCCGCAGGUUUCAUCACUUCAGUCGUUGCCGGUUCUAUGGCCCUCGUACGCGAGUUCAGGGUGGGCAGGAAAACAUUCGUCCGUGAUAUCUGUUUCUUCAUAGUGGCCGUUAGUUUUGCUAUGUUCUUAUUGGCCGACGGAAAGCUCCAUCUAUGGGAGUCCGCCGCCAUGAUCGGCUUCUAUAUUUUCUAUGUCAUUGUGGUCGUUGGCUGGCAUGCAGUCACCAAGAGGCGGCGGGCGCGAAAGGCUAAAGAGGCCUCCUCUCGUGGCCACUUCUACACGGUCUCGAAUGAGCACGGCAAUGAUGAACUAGAGCCUUAUAGGGAUGAUCCCGACGACGAAGAUGCUACGCCGGGGGAACGUCGUGGCUCAGAGAGAAGCGGGUCUACGGCUGUCGAUAUUGCAAUUCUAGAGCGAGGACCUAGAAUUGAGAUUGGUAGCCCGGACGACGAUACUGAUUGUAGCCAGCAUCUUGCUGCUGAAAUGACGAGCAGUAUGCGUGUGAAUCGUCCGCGGGGGAGGAGGAGCAAUACAACCAUAACCGCUAUACGGCCCAGUUUGGUUGGCGCGCUCGAGUUUAGAUCAGUCUUAUCGUCGCUGCAGGAAGAAGGAAAUGUGCGCUUGAGGCCUCUGUACCAUUCUCGCAGUACUUCCGCCGAUCUUCUACACGGAGGGCGUAACGUGGUCCGAGGAAGCAAAAGCGCACAAACGAUACAAGAUGUUGGGGAUGCUUCCAUCGCGACCAGGAACCGCGCACGGUCAUCCGGGUCGAUACCAAUUAUUGUCGAUGACGAUCUCGCACCCGGACCUUCAGAAGGAAGAGGUAGAAAUUCUAGCCCGCAUACAGUAAGAGGGAAACUGGCCCCCCCACCAACGGACCACUUCGGCGGCCACUAUGCAGAAAGCUCUGCAUCCUCAACAGAGGAUUUGGCGCCAAAUUCCCGGCCAGAGUUACAUCGACUGCGGAUUCCCAGUCCCCAUGGAAGCGAGAGAUCCUCGCCUUCCUUAUCGCCAUUUCCUGCAUUUUCGGAUUAUCCUUUUGGCGUUGUCGAAAAUUCACAACAAACUCCACAAUUAAUUCUCCCAUCUCCCGUGCAGGAGCGACGUUCUUUUCCUAUCUUGGCUGAACCGGUAAAUUCGAAACCCUACAGGUGGUGGCCCUAUCAGCUUUUGCCUCCGCCGCACAUCAUAUUCAAUACUCUGUUCCCCACUCUGCAGGGCUGGAGAGCGAAAUCAAUUUGGGAUAAAUUUGUCAGCCUGAUCUCCCUGCCGAGCAUAUUCUUGCUUGUCAUAACAUUGCCCGUAGUGGAAACCGAAACAUCAGAAGAUGACUCGGAUAAGAGCAUUGUUGAUCCGCCAGAGUCAGGUCAUCUAGGCAAUACAGCACCGCCGGUUUCUUCGGAGCCAGGCGUCUCUAUACAACCUGAAACUGAAUGGCAGCGAUAUAGACGACGUACGAGAUCCAGGGGAUCCAGGGGAUCUAGUCGAAGUCAUUCGCCUGUUUCUCUACUUAUCCCACCUGAUUUUCAAGAGUCGGCACAAACUCAAGCUAUGCCCACCUUGCCUCAGCCGGAUGUGCAAAUAAAAAGACCUGCUUCCGAACUUGAAGGAGACAGUUCGACGCUGGGCGACGAAGACCUUGGCUGGAACCGCUGGUUGUUGAUACUUCAAAUAUUCACAGGUCCGAUAUUUUGCGUGUUCAUUGUCUGGGCAAAUAUGGAGGAAGAUCUCGAGCAACCCACGAAAUUUCUCCUGAAAGCCAUUUUGGGCUCUCUUGUUUUUUCCUUGGUAUUGCUCGGAAUAUUAUUGUUGACUACGUCGCCGGAUUAUCGCCCUAAAUACCAUUUCUUAUUCUGUUUUCUAGGAUUUUGCAUUUCUAUUGCCUGGAUAUCCACCAUAGCCGGUGAAGUGGUUGGAGUGCUUAAGGCAUUCGGGGUGAUUCUGGACAUAUCAGAAGCAAUACUUGGCCUUACCGUCUUUGCAGUUGGUAAUUCCGUGGGAGAUCUAGUUGCGGACAUAACUGUCGCUCGACUUGGCUAUCCCGUAAUGGCAUUAUCUGCCUGUUUCGGUGGCCCCUUGUUGAAUAUUUUGCUUGGAAUUGGUCUUGGAGGCGCUUACCAAACAAUAACUGCAGCAAAUAAACAUAAGGCCAAGCAUCCUGACAAGCCUAUACGGUAUAAGCCAUAUCACAUCAAAGUCAACGGGACCUUGAUGAUAUCCGCCAUAACGUUACUGCUCACUCUUUUCAUCCUCCUCACCGUUGUUCCAAUGAACAAAUGGAUGAUGAGCAGGAAGAUUGGCUGGGGAUUGAUUGCGCUCUGGUCUAUCAGUACGAUACUGAACCUUGCGGUCGAAACGACGGGAGCGUGGCAGGAUAUAGCAUAG